GGUCAAGUCCUCGUCAAAAACAAAUACUAAGACUCUCGCGCCUCUGCACGCCGCCGCAUUUAAGUAGUAAGCUCAAGGCAGGCACCUUCUGCUCAGAGUGGCGAGCGAGCUCGUGGCGGCCGCAUUUGACUAGGAGCGCGCGCAAUGGCGGAUUCCGGCGGCGGCAGCGGUGGCGUCGGCGUCGGCGGCGGCGGCGGCGACCCGUGGGAGUACAAGCUGCGCAAGUACCUGCUGCUGCUGGCCACGCUGGUGGCCACCGUGACGUACGGCGCGGCGUUCAACCCGCCGGGGGGCGUGUGGCAGGGCGCCGACCCCGCCAUCGAGCGCCUCACCGGCGACCCCAUCAUCCGGGAGACCAGCUACCGCCGCUACCUGGCCUUCUUCUACAGCAACGCCACGGCCUUCGCCUCCUCGCUCGUCGUAAUCGUCCUCGUCCUCAUCCUCUCCGUGCUGCACGAGGCUCAGGAGCAGGCGGCGGGCACGGACAGGCAGCGCAGCCUGGCGCCGCUGCGCAUCCUCCGCGUCGUCAUGGUGCUCGAUCUCCUCAGCCUCAUGGGGGCCUACGCCGCCGGCACGUUCCGGGACAGGCUCACGGCGACCUACUCCUCGGUCCUGCUCGCCGGCGUCGUCAUCUACCUCCUGGUCCACACGGUGCUGGCCUCCUGCCCGGCUGCACCGGCACCGCCGGACGAGGAGGAGAAGGACGGCAACGGCAGCAGCGCGGCCGAGAAGGAGGAGGCCGAGAAGAAGAUGACCAAGCUCCGCAAGGUGCUGAUGCUGCUGGCCACGUUCGCGGUGAGCGUCACCUACGUGUCCGGGCUCAGCGCGCCGGGCGGCUUCUGGGCCGACGACGCCGGCGGCCACAAGCCGGGCGUCGCGAUCCUCAGGGGCGGGCCGCACGACGCGCGCCUCAAGGCGUUCUUCGUCCUCAACACCACCGCCUUCGUCGCGUCCCUGCUCAUCAUCAUCAUCCUCCUGGACAAGAAGCUCUCCUUCAGCCCAAACCUGCGCUCGUUCGAGCUCUACGGGUUCAUCACAGUCGCGAUCGUCGGCCUCGUCGGGGCCUACUCCGCCGGCAGCUGCCGCCAGGUCGACACCACCGUCUAUGUCAAUUCUCUGGUCGGUGCUGUGAUCGUCUUCAUUCUCGCUCAAGCCGCCAUCGUCAAGUUCUGCAAAGAAACCAUCAAGGAGAGCUGCUUGUGGAAGCUGCUAGAAGGCAUACCUGGGAAGGUGUCAGGAUGUCUGAGUGGCAAUGGGGAUGCCAGCGUUGAGAAGCAGCAAAGACAAGUGCUGGAGAGGGCUCGCUCCCUGGUUCUGCUGCUGGCCACUCUGGCGGCGGCCAUCACCUACCAAGCAGGCCUGAACCCGCCGGGCGGCCUCUGGCAGGGCGACGACGCCGGCGGCCGCUACAAGGCCGGCGACCCGGUGCUGCUGACCACCAACCCCAGGAGGUACAAGGCCUUCUACUACAGCAACUCGACCGCCUUCGUGGCGUCCCUGCUCGCCAUCGUCCUGGUCCGGAUGAAGACCCUGCACCACCACAACGCCCUGGAGGCCGCCAUGAUACUGGACCUGCUGGGGCUCAUCGGCGCCUACGCCGCCGGGAGCUGCCGGGACGUGACCACCUCCAUCUACGCCAUGGCCCUGGCCGGCGCCGUCUUGGUCUAUGUGGUGAUCCAUGUCGUCCUCUUCACGCUGGACCACAACGAAGCUGCUGCUCCGGUGGUCAGCGGCAAGGAGAAAGAGGACCCGGUGGAGAAGAGGCGCAAGCGGCUGCUCCUCUUCGCGAUCCUGGCGGCCACCAUCACCUACCAGGCCGGGCUGACGCCGCCGAGCGGCUUCCUGGCCGGCGACGAUCCGGGGACCGGGCGCCGCGCCGGCGACCCCGUCCUGCUCAACAACUACCCGCGCCGGUACACGGCCUUCUUCUAUUGCAACUCGGUGAGCUUCAUGCUGUCCAUCGCGCUCAUCAUCCUCCUCGUCAACCCCAACCUGUACCGGCCGGCCAUCCGGAGCAACGCGCUGUCCGUCUGCACGGCGGCGGGCAUGAGCGGCAUCAUGGGCGCCUACGCCGCCGGCUGCACGCAGCACCUCAAGACAUCCAUCUACAUCUUCGCGCUGGCGGGGUUCGUCCUCUUCGUGGUCAUAGUGGCUGUUGUGUUCUGGGUGUUCCGUGAUGAUGACAAAGGCAAGCCAGCAGAUGGAUCGUCCUCCUCCUCCCAAGGCAGAGCAGAGAAAUCCAAUACCAAUGAGGACUUGGAGAAGGGCAAGAACGACGACGCGGGGAAGAAAGCAGAGGAGGAUGAGAAGGAGAAGAGGCGGCAUGCAAAGCGCAAGUACCUGAUGCUGCUGGGAAUCCUGGUGGCGAGCGUGACCUACCAGGCCGGCCUGGCGCCGCCGGGCGGGUCUUGGCAGUCCGACGGCGGCGGGCACGCCGCCGGCGACCCGGUGAUGCACGACAACCGGAGGCACCGCUACCUGGCCUUCUACUACAGCAACUCCACCUCGUUCGUGGCGUCCAUCGUCGUCAUCGUCCUGCUGCUGCCGCAGUCCCUGCACAAGGACGACAAGUGGGCGGCGUGGUGGCUCGGGGUGAUGAACACGACGAUCGUGUUGGACCUGCUCGGCCUCCUCAUCGCCUACGCCGCCGGCUCCAGCCGGUCGUGGAAGACCGCCGGAUACGUGUCGGCCCUCGUCAUCGCCGUGCUGGCCUAUUUCGUGGUCCACGUGGCGGUGUCGCGCUUCAUCAGGAGGGGGAGAGGUAAACAACGAGACAGCUCCGGCGACGGCGGCGACUCCACCCAGCAGCAGCAGCAGCAGCAGAAGAAUGGACAGGCUGUUCAGCCCGCUCAAACUAACUGAAGCAAGCUGGGUGUUUGUGCAGUUUUCUUUCGGUGCCAUUUUUGUAGGUUUGCGUGUUGUUUGUGUCUUGUUUUCUAGUAUUAUCCUUUUUCUCCCUCUUGUCAGGUUUGUAGUUCUAUGAGAUGUAGUGGUGAAUUGUGAUGAGUAUCGUCAUGAGCAUAUUGAUCUCUUUUUCCCUGCUGCA